CUAAACACUAACCGCAAUUGGACCUUCACCAAUCUGCCUGUCUCUCAACCCCCUGUCACCCAUCAAUUCCUCCCUAACUAAAAAUAAAGAUAAAAUAAUUUCACCAAAAAAUAAUUAAAUAUUUUUCAUAGAAAAAGGCUAGGCAUUCAGGUCACUCUCUCACUUCACUCAUUUCUGUUUCCGUAGUUUAUUAUAGCUUUAAAAGACUCCACGCCAAUCUGUACUCUCUCUCUCUCUCUCUAUCUCUAUCUCCUCCCCAAUGUCUCUCUAACAGCCCCUAAUUUUCCACUCUUUUUACAACAAUGCCAUCGCGUCCCACUUCACCACCGCCACCUGCGGUCGUCGUCGUUCCACCGGAGAUACCAACCCACCACCACAACCAUCGUAUCCUCGUCCCCGUACUCGCCGGAACCCUAACUCUAACGUUCAUAACCGUCGUCGUCGUCAUCCUUCUCCUCUAUCGCAAGCUCUCCUACAGCCGCACAGCUCCGUUCGACCAGAACCACCAAAACGGCCAGAACAACAACCAGCAACAGCAAGAACAGCAGCAACAACAACGAUUCUCCUACUCCUUACUGCGGCGAGCCACCGGUUCGUUCUCGGCGUCGAACCGGUUGGGUCACGGUGGGUUCGGGUCCGUAUACAAAGCCACUCUUCCUUCAGGUCAGUCUCUUGCAGUGAAGCUAAUGGACUCUCAUGGUUCAAUUCAAGGCGAGAGAGAAUUCCACAACGAAUUGUCUCUGGCUCUGAAUCUGAGCUCUCCUUAUAUACUUUCCCUGUUGGGUUUUUCUACUGAUCGAAGGGGACGAAAGCUGCUAUUGGUUUACGAACUCAUGCCCAAUAGAAGCCUCCAGGAGGCUCUGUUGGACCGAAAGUGUGCGGAGCUCAUGGAUUGGAAGAGGAGGUUCCGCAUUGCCCUUGACAUUGCUCAGGGGCUCGACUACUUACACCACGCAUGCAAUCCUCCUGUGAUUCAUGGCGAUGUGAAACCCAGCAACGUUUUGCUUGAUUCCGAGUUUAAUGCUAAGAUAGGCGAUUUCGGCCUCGCGAGGUUGAAGACGGAGGAUCAGGAUCAGGGUCAUGUGGUUGUUGUGGAGGAAGAGGAAAUGGAGGAGAUUGUGAAGAAGAAGAAAUGGAAAGGAGGAGGAGUGGCUGAGGCUGCUGGUGGGGAAGAUAACGGGUCGAUCUUGGAAGAGACGGAGAGUGUAAGCGCGAGUGUUCUGACCGGUGGAUUCGAAGAAGGUGUGGCGGCUGAUCGUUCGCCGGAGAGUAGUUGCGUCGUUAGGAUCUUGGAUUCGGAGGCGUCGCCGGAGGCAGGGUUGCCGUUGUCGCCUGAGACGGCAACGGCCGAUAAGGCGAGUGUUUCCGAAGGGUGUUUCGAUAAAUUCAGCGUCGAAAGUGGGAAAGAUUUGAUUGGUAAUGGAAGGAGGAAAGGGGGUUCAGGGAGAGAUUGGUGGUGGAAGCAGGACAAUGGAGGUGGGUCCGAAUCAGGGAGAGUGAAGGACUAUGUGAUGGAAUGGAUUGGAAAUGAGAUAAGCAAAGAGAGACCCAAAAGCGAAUGGGUUGCUGCUUCUCCGACCUCGGUCGAAAAUGGUGGUGGUGGAUCACUCACCGCUGCCAAGACUGUGCAGAAGAAGCGGAGAAAAAGAUUGGAUUGGUGGGCUUCUUUAGACGAAGACAAAAUUCGAAAGAAAGACCGGAAUCGAAAGCCAAGAGAAUGGUGGAAGGAGGAAUUCUGUGAGGAGCUAGCUAAGAAGAAGAAAAAGAAGAAGAGAAAUUCGAAUGGAGGAGAAUUAUGGUGGCAGAAAGACGAGGAUGACGAAGUACAAGAAAGGAAGAAGAGGAGGAGCAAGAGUAGCAGAGGCAGCAUUGAUUGGUGGUUGGAUGGUCUUAGUGGUGAGCUAAGAAGUGGCCGGAGAAACAGCCAAGAUUGGGUUAGCUGCGAAAUACCAAAGAGUGGUGGCAUUAGUAGUACACCAAGCAUGAGAGGAACUGUUUGCUAUGUUGCCCCUGAAUAUGGUGGUGGUGGGCAGCUAUCAGAAAAGUGCGAUGUUUAUAGCUUCGGGGUACUGAUUCUGGUCUUGGUUUCAGGGCGGAGGCCGCUGCAAGUGACGGCCUCGCCGAUGUCGGAAUUCGAAAGGGCCAAUCUCAUUUCUUGGGCUAGGCAACUUGCUCGAAGUGGCAAGCUUUUAGAUCUUCUGGACCCUUUAAUCCAUUCAUUGGAUAAGGAACAGGCAUUGCUUUGCCUUACAAUUGCUCUGCUAUGCCUGCAGAGAACACCCAGCAAACGGCCCUCAAUGAAGGAAAUUGUUGGGAUGCUUUCUGGUGAGGCAGAGCCACCCCACCUGCCUUUUGAGUUUUCACCUUCGCCACCUUCCAAUUUUCCAUUCAAAUCCCGGAAGAAGGCCCGGUGAGUCUUGUAAUCAGAUGCAUCUUACCAUUUUCAUUUUAACUCUAGGGAAGUGUAAUGUUCUUAGGUUUCUAAUUAUCAUGCUUUGUAGAAAAAAAUGAUGAUCUAUAAAGGCCAAAGGAGUUUCGUAUAUAUAUCUAUAUAUACUUUUUCCA